UUGGACACAAGUUAAAUCAUUUUGAACUCGCACGGGUGGCAAAGUGUUGAUGGUGUACGGAGAUAGCGCUAGGCGGCGGUCCCCUGUGCAUGCAUAAUGUUAUCGGGGAAGUAGUAGUUCCCAGUGAUGCGGGACUUAUAUUGAGGCAUUGUCCGUCACUUCCCGUCCGCCCCCUGUGAUCCGAAGGCUGGCGCUCGACAGAAGGAGUAUUCUGAACGCGGUGUUGAUAGCCAAGAACACAUUCAAAACAGGUCGGCAGGAGCGAGGAUUUAUUUGCAGUGUCACUAGGAUAUCUGUAGAACUACUACCUACUGUUCCUCAUGUGAAUUUGAAAGUUGCGUUAACCCUAUAUCGAGUUCGGAUGACCUAGAUCAGUUUUUUGUGAUAUUAAUAUUUACCUAAACAGAAAUCAGAAACCAUUUUGAUCAAUAGGAGAUAUAUGUUUACCCCAGAACAGUCUUAAAAGAUCGUUUGAUUCAGUGGACCUAUUGUCGAGCAGUGUUAGUUGCAUCAAGGAUAUACCAACUUAUUACAAUCCACGGGGCUUAGUGACGGAAACAUUAAAGUGAUGGAAAUUAAUUCCCUAUAGAUAAUUCAUUAGUGCAAACUGUAUUAACCGUAUAAUUAAUUUGUCCUGGUAUUUACCGUGCUCACUCGCCAGGACUCGGGACCGCAGCGAGCAUCGGGAACCGAUAUCCUGAAACGAAAUGAGCGACGCUCGUAUCUUGAGGGACUAUACAUGAUAAGCUUUUUUGGAUUAAGACAAAUUACGGAAUCUUUGAUGCUCACUUUGAAUGCCCGUUAUAAAUAUGUUACAACGACAACUGCGGGAAUGUUAAUAUUCCAAGUACUGUAUUAGCUACUAAAGUAUUUUCCAGGGAUGUGAUUGACGCUGGCAAUUAGCAAACUGACAUUGAGCGUCUAAGGAUGCGAUCCACGUGUAGACUCUGUGUUGGAAACUUUGAGUAAUGGACAAUUACAGAUUUUCCCGGACAUUCCUCUCGGAUUCCGGGUGUGUUUCCUGUCCUCGGAGAUGGGGUUUACGACUCUGGGUCACUGUUUUGGCAGUUUCAAUGCUGUUUUGCCAAGUAGCAGGUUUCCGCCGUCGGAUAACAGACAGAACCUACGUGCCCCUGACUCCCAUCAUACUGAACACAACAGCCUCUAACUAUACCUAUGUCACUGGAGAAACGGCGAUACUGUACUGCGCCGUGGAGAAUCUCGGGACCAAAACAGUGACCUGGAGACGAGCCAAUCCUUCCGUUAUUCUGACAGUAGGUCUAUACACUUAUUUUGGGGAUUCCCGCUUCCAAACUCAAAAUGUGUUACACAAGGACCAAUGGAAUUUACACAUCCGGAACGUCAGUCUGGAUGACCAGGGCCGAUACGAGUGCCAAGUCAGCACAAAAGCUCGUGAUAUUAGGCGGAGCUUUUAUUUAAACGUGAAAGAACACACAUCAACUAUUCACAUAUCAGGUACUACGUAUGUGGAGAAAAAUCAAAGACUGGUGCUGAGAUGUAACGCCUCCAGCGACUCCUACCCCCAGGACGACCUGGACUGGUUCAUGAAUGGGCACAAGGUGGAGUCCAGUGACACCGAGGGGAUCACCAUCACCAAAAGCGUGGCCUACCGGAGUCAGACCAUCUGGAGUGAACUCGUUAUUGCGCAUGCGCGAAUGCAGCAUGCUGGGACAUAUAUUUGUCGUACGUCCGAUAAAUUGGUGACGAAUAUUAAAGUGAACAUACUAAAUGGAAAAGAUAACGUUAAAAGAGGUACUGAAAAAUCUGACAAAGGCCUAUUAUUUGAAGAUACGAAGUCUCAAAAGGAGAGUUAUUCCAGUCCGUUAACCGGAUCAUGGACAUUAAUAUUUGGAAUAAUUUUCUGUGUUCUUUCAUGAAAUCACUCCAACGAUCAGUAUUUAUUGGAAAGGAAUGUCCAAUUUCGCAGAGUAUUUAAGAACUAGUACAUAUGGAAUGUGAUGGACUUGAGAGUAAGUUCAUAUGUAAUGUGAGGGACUUGAGACUUGCAAGUACCUUGCAUUUGGUCGUAGGCGUUUGACACUGUCCUAAGGAGCAACAUACUGAACUUAUCCACGGUAACGAGAUUUGGAGUAUAUAGUGAGUUCCUGUCACAGUGCUUUGUACUGGAUGUCGUUGUUUGACACAUAGGGCACUUUGUGCAAUAACAUGUGACUUCUGAUGACUUUCAAUCAGAAUUCUUGUUCCAGCUGUAAACAGUGGUCUUCGUUUAUAUUAAACACAUUUUGUUGGAUUUUAUUUUUACGGACUUUUAGCUGUAUAGAAUAGUCAUUAUGAGUAAUUAUUAUAUUCCAUUGACCAUCGUUCCUCAAAGUCCCUUCACGCAGCGUUCAGAAAUCACAAAUCUUUGACGAUCAAAAUACUUCAUUAUAUUCUUAAGAUACGCAUUUACCACAAUUUAUUUCUAUCUUUUGUUUUUAAGUUCUCAACAAUUAUAGAGUUUUACAAGGUGUUAGUAAUCUUACUAUGAUUAUUCUUGCUAUAAUUUACAUUCAAACUAUUUCUGCACAAAGACUUAAACAGAUAAUUAGUUCAUACGUAGCAAAUUUAUUAUGCAGUUAUAGAGUUUGACUUGUUUUGCAUUAAAGCUUGUCCAGUUGUUAAUGUGAACAUUUAAUUGGAAGUUUUACACUGGUUACAUGUUCCUCUUAUUACGGGUAAUGCUUUGCCUACUUGGAUCUUGAAUCCAUGGUUGAAACAUUAGUUCGUAUCAUCGCUUCUCUUUAUCGUUUUCAAAAUCUGUUGUUUAUCUUAUGAAUUGUUGGUUAUUUCAAAAUCAAUGCUUAAAUAAAUUGUUUUGUACAAAUUUGUGUUUUGGAUGUU